AUGAGCUUAGUCGAAAUGGAACCGCUGGUGGUGAAGAGGAGCACCGAGGCUGAACGACUCGGUGUCCUGAAGCAGGCAGAAGUUGCCGAAAGCGUUAGCCAUCGACAAACUGACCAAGGUCAAGAGGGCGGAGAAAGUCGUCGAAUCAUCGCUCGUUGGCAAACAAUGCAGGACGACAAAAUGGUCGGAGUCGGCGACUUGAGUUGGUCAAAUCGAGACAAUUUCAAUAGCACGGCGGCUUUGGAGGCUAUGCUGGUGUCUUCUGUUUUGAAACGGAACAUGACAACACAGGUUCUUAUAAUAUCAGCGACUCCGAGCUUAAUUGAAUAAGCCAUACUCGGACAUAAAUCAGCAGAAUCGGCAACAGCCGGGACUUCUCCGAUGACGUAAUGGCGGAGAAAACGAUGAGGGUGAAGGUUAUGAUAGGGAGUCG